UGGUGUGUAGCCUUUUUAAUUUCGAAGUGUUCCGAAUACGGAAAAGACGUCAACAAUGGCAGAAAGAGAGCAAAUUUUAGCUGAUUUUCAGGCAUGUACACAGCUUGAUGACAUAGAGACAUGCAUCGCAAUUCUGGACCAGAAUGAUUGGAAUUUAAUGCUAGCCGUGCAGACAGUUAUGGGAGGGGCAGAUUCCCCCACAGGGCCUGAGAUGGUACAACCCCCUUUACCAAAACCUCCCACAGAGGACCAGUUCUUCAGCUCUGGGAUAUUCAGCGACCCAGUACCAUGGCGAUCUGAGAAUGUCAUCGACUCGGCUGCAAGUUUUGACCCCGGAUCAGCCUCAGGGGUGGGGCUUGGAACGUCCUCUGGGGCAGGAGUGAGUAGCAGGGGAUAUGAUAAACGGAUGCUGCACUUCAAUGUGGAGUACAGGGACAGAAAGAUAGAUGUAUUUAUCCAGGAUACGGAAUGUGUUGCUCAGAUCAAAGAGAUUCUCAGCAAUGAACUUGGAGUUCCUGUCAUCAGACAAGAACUGAAGGGCUGGGCCAACAGAAAAGUCACAGAUAACAUUGUUCUUCGAGACCUGCAUCUGCCAAAAGAGAACAACCUGUUCCUGUUGACCCCUGACCUUCAUAGCACAGCAGAGACAUCUGCAGGCACCUCUGCCAGCCUUAGUGACAAUCUGUCCCGCUCCUACAACCUGAAGAUCACUAUCAAAGAGGACCCGAGCCGGUACAGACAACUCAGUCUGCAGUUUGUGGGCACCAAGACAGUAGAGGAGGUAAAACAAGAUGUGUUCAACGUGUGCGACAUACCCGCCAGGCAUCAAGUGUGGACAGGAUGGCCGGAGAACACAACGAACUCUAGGCAGAUAGGUUCACUGGGCCUGUCCUAUCCAAGUCAUGUCCUGGAGCUGACCAAGUCGAAUCUGGCCUCAAAACCAAGGACUGCUCAGGAGGUUGCUAUGGAGAUACAGAUCAGCGACGAUGAUGACGACCUCCAUGAGCUCACGCCUGGAUUUGACGACAUGUUUCCCUUGCAUGAGGACCACUAUACUAGCAGAAAGCAGUCACCGCUUAUUCCCGAGACAGUCAAGGAUGAGACCGAGGCCCUGGAACAUUUCACCAGGGAGUUCCGUGAUAGGUAUGGGGAGUGUCACCCUGUGUUCUAUGUUGGAAGUCUGGACAAUGCCAUCAGGGAUGCACUUCUGUGCAGUGCCAAAGAGCGCAAGUUGUUGGCGAUCUAUUUACACCAUGACACCAGCAUCUUCUCCCAUGUGUUCUGCUCUCAGACCCUCUGCAAUGAAGGCAUUGUGAACUUCAUCACCUCCAACUUCCUCACCUGGGCCUGGGACAUGACCCUCGAGACUAACUCAGCCAGGUUAAUCACCAUGGCUACACGCCAUUUUGGCAGUGUGGCAGCCAAUCAGAUCCGUUCUUACAAACCAGACAACCUUCCCGUGAUCCUCAUUAUAUCACGUGCUCGGGCUACCAAUGAAGUCGUAGAUGUCAUCAGAGGUGAUGUGACAGUUGAUGAACUCAUGUCCAAACUUCUACAAGACGUUGAAGUGUUUCAACAACAGCAGCAGAAAGACAUUGUGGAAGAAGCUGAACGUGAAGCCAGAGAGAGCAUUCGCAGUGAACAAGACUUUGCCUAUAAACAGUCCCUGGAGGCUGACAGGAAAAAGCAAGAGGCGCGUGUCGAGGAGGAGAGACGCCAGGCAGAGCAGGAGAGGAAGGAGAGGGUAAAACAGGAGCAGGAGGCAAGGAGGGUCAGGGAGGAGGAGGAGAAGAAGAAGAGAAUAGAAGAACAGUUAGCACAACAGGUUCCAGAUGAACCCCCAGAGGGUUGCACAGAGGUCACAUGUACAUUGAGAAUUCGUUGUCCCGACCGGGAAAUGUUGUUACGCCGGUUUUACGGCCGUAACAAGCUACGAGCCGUCAUGAACUUCAUCACCUCAAAGGGUUUUCAUCUGUCGGAUUAUAAACUAUUGACCACCUUCCCUCGAAGGGAUCUAUCUGAAGCAGAUACCAAUAAGACUUUGGAAGACUUGAAACUGUGUCCACAAGAAACUCUGAUUCUUGAGGAACGGACAUGAAUCCCUUGCAUGGGUCAACGAUGUUAAUGGAUGUAUGGGUCAAUCGAUAUUGUAUCAAUUAUUUAUGUGUACUCAUGUAGGACAUUAUGUGGUCAGAUUCUCCCCACUUUCUGAAAUACAGUAAAAUCAUUUAUAUUCAUCAGCUUGGAAUUUCUUUUCUUUUUUUAAUAAAUAACUCUGUGGACAUGAAUAUUUAAAAAAAAAGAUGAUUUGGGAACAAAAAUGCGGAAUUUCCGUUGCUCAUUUUCCGACGCGUUUGUUUUAAAUAUAUGGAUUGGUCAAAAUCAAACAAAUUUAAUGUCCCUCGAAUAAUAAUGAUAUAGCAGUAUCCUUCAUUGGUAGGAGCACGUUUAUGUUUUCAGAAAAGUCGCUGUUAAUUUCAUGUACAGAUUACUGUGAAAGAUUAUUUAAUGCAAUAUUAUGAUUAACACGUAAAUGUGAUACUUGGUUAUGUUGAUUUGAUCGCUUGAUAAAAUAUUUUUUAGACAGUUGUUUGUUAAAAAAUAAGAAAUUUGAAUAUUUCUUUAUCUGUCUGUAUGCAUGUAAAUGCAUAGCAUUUAUUUCUAGUAAAUUAUUUAGCUAUUUCAUAUCAAAGGUGUAUUUCAAGAUUUGUUUUUCUCAAUUAAGUAUUCUAAACUUCAAAAAGAUAAAAGAGUCAGACAGCAUGCAAUAAAUUCCUCAUAGCAGUUACUUCCUUAGUCAGUUAACUCGUACCACUGCCGUUAUAUAUAUAUAUAUAAGCCUGGUUCUGGGAAAACCGGCUUUACUGCAUGUGCGUAAAGUGUUGUCCCAGAUUAGCCUGUGCAGUCCGCAGAGUUUGUUUGGCUUUAUGUUGAUGUCAAAUUUUGUGGGGAUAACUUUAACAAGUUGAUAUAAACAAUUACUAGUAUAUAACGAUGUUUAUUUGCUUCUGCAAAUUAAAUGUAUGACUAUCAGAUGACACCAGUUUUCACAUGUUGCUCCUGCCUUAGUUGUUAAUUUGUAUAUCUGAUCCCAAAAACGUGCUAACUUUAGUUAGAUUAUUCACUUUUGUCUGAUUGUUUUGUAAUCAUAGAUUUUUUUUAUUUAACUGAAAAGGGAGGUAUUAAGUACCGGUAAUCUAAAACUUUUAAACUGGUUCAAGCUUCAAACUGGCUGUUUUCUUAAAUAUAACUUGGAGUUUCUACUUUUUGGAAGUGUUCUUUUUGAUUAAGUAAAAAAACAAAGGUCAGUUUUGCUGUUUCUGUCAAAUACAAGUCAGUUUUUAUGCCCCUGGAUAGAAUGAUUGGGGGUGUAUUGUUUUUGGCCUGUCUGUCUGUCAUUGUGUGUGUCUGUCCCAAAAAAUUUAACCUUGGUCAUAACCUUUGCAAUAUUAUAGAUAGCAACUUGAUAUUUGGCAUGCAUGUGUAUCUCAUGGAGCUGCACAUUUUGAGUGGUGAAAGGUCAAGGUUAUCCUUCAAGGUCAAAUACAUGGCUUCAAAGCUCAGUAGGGGGGAUUGUGUUUCACAAACACAGCUCUUGUUUGGCAAAAACCUAUCUACAUGUGGUAUCAUUUAAUUACUUUAUUAAAAGCCUGGCUUAAAUUUUUCUCUAAAACACAAUUGUAAAUGGUUGAAGUAUUGUCAAAAUUAAAAAAUCACAUUUCAAGUUUUGUUUUUUUUGUUUAAAAUAUUUUUGUAGAGGAAAGUUUAUCAUACAAUGGUAUUUGUAUUGUUUCCCUGUUUUUCUCCCCCCCCCCCCCCCCCCCUCUUUUUAUGCCCCCCUUCGAAGAAGAUGGGGUAUAUUGCUUUGCUCAUGUCGGUCCGUCCGUCCGUCCGUCCACCAGGUGGUUGUCAUACGAUAACUCAAGAACGCUUGGGCCUAGGAUCAUGAAACUUCAUAGGUACAUUGAUCAUGACUCGCAGAUGACCCCUAUUGAUUUUGAGGUCACUAGGUCAAAGGUCAAGGUCACGGUGACUCGAAAUAGUAAAAUGGUUUUUGAAUGAUAACUCAAGAAUGCAUACGCGGCCAACAGGGCACACUCUGAACAAUAUUACUGAAGCAACUGGUCUGUAAUCCUAAAUCUAUAAUUAUCAGUCCAAUGAAACAUCAUCCUUUUAGUAAAAUACAG